AUGUCUUCUUGUUUGCAAGGUUCGUCAUCGAACAUUUUAUGCCUUUGCGGCUUCCCAGCGAAGCUAAGGGCUUCAAAAACAAGCUCAAAUCCUGGAAGAAAGUUCUAUGGCUGUAGAGAUUGGAGGCCGAAUGGAGCGGGGGGAUGCCCUUUUUUUUCAUGGUACGACACAACUGAGAUAGGGAAAAUGGAAGCUGAAGGCAAAAUCACGUCUGUUAAACUUGAAUCUGAAAUUGGGUCCCUGAAGGAAAAAAUGGCAAGGUUGGAAUUGCUUGAAGAAGAAACAAAAAUCAUGAAGCAGAAAUAUGAGAUUGAACUGAAGAAGCUAAACCGAAGAAUUUGGAGAUUGGAAUUGUUGGUAUCUUUAACAUUUGUUUAUGUUUUAAUUUCGUAUUUUAUGAAGUAG